GUUUAGCUCCUCGCCGCACGAAGGACGAUGCAGAAGCGGCAAACGUCCAUCCUCGCCUUCCUCAAAAAACCCUCGGCGGAGAACCGAAGGUGCGACGGCCCUUCGCCCUUGUCCGACGUUCUGCCAGGCCCGCAUUUCGGCUCCGCGGGGGCAGAGAAGCCCUCCGAUGAACCCUUUCCAGAGAUUCGAGGAACGGACACUCCGCCCGAGAAGCCCUGCUGCCAAAUCUUCCCGGCAGGGGCCCCGGAGAUCAAAGGCGAUGACAGCCGCAGCGCUAGCCCUUUUUCGAGUGUCAUGCGCAAGUUCGUGAAAGAAGACAAAUCCGAGGGCUUCAGAAAGGGGAACCAAGAGGGCAGUGGUUCCUUUAUAUGUCACUCUAAAUCUAAUUCUGCUGAAAAAAGUCGUGUGAGAAAUGAAAUGCCUUCUGAUGAGCACUCAAAAACACAUACUUCAAUAUUUAAAGAAGAGUGUGAUGGAAUGGAUCUGCAUUUUGGACCUGAUUCAGAUGUUCUGGGACCAGAAACUCCAGCUACACGCCCACUCGUUCCUCGUCUUAAGCGAGUUCAGGAUGGUCUGACUGAUUUUAAUGACAAGCAGAGUUCUCUUCUUGUUGGUUCUGGCAAAAGGUUGAAGUCAGAUUUUGACUCAGUUGUUGGAAAGCACAUUCAGGAAGAAGUAUGUGAAAGUGCAAGCAGCAAGUUUGACUGGCUCAAUCCUUCCAAUAUUAGGGAUGCGAAUGGAAGACGACCAAGUGACCCACUAUAUGACAAGAGAACCCUGUACAUUCCACCUGAUGCACUGAAGAAAAUGUCCGCAUCUCAAAGGCAGUAUUGGAGUGUCAAAUGUCAAUAUAUGGAUGUUGUCCUCUUUUUUAAAGUGGGCAAGUUCUAUGAGCUAUAUGAGUUAGAUGCUGAGAUUGGACAAAGAGAGCUUGAUUGGAAAAUGACCAUUAGUGGUGUUGGUAAAUGCAGACAGGUUGGUAUUUCUGAGGCUGGGAUAGAUGAUGCUGUCUUGAAACUCACAGCUAGGGGGUAUAAAGUUGGACGAAUGGAACAGCUUGAAACCUCAGAGCAAGCUAAAGCUAGAGGAGCAACUUCUGUCAUUCAAAGAAAGCUUGUUAGUGUAUCCACUCCAUGUACUCCGAUUGAUGGUAGUAUUGGACUAGAAGCAGUCCACCUUCUUGCUUUGAAAGAGCAAGACCGUGGCUCUAGAAAUGGUUCUACCAUUUAUGGAUUUGCUUUCCUUGAUUAUGCUGCUUUGAAGUUUUGGGUGGGUUCCAUUUGUGAUGAAAACUCUGCAGCAUUGGGUGCUUUGCUGAUGCAAAUUUCGCCAAGGGAGAUUAUCUAUGAAAGAUCAGGACUUUCCAAAGAGACUCACAUGACACUAACAAAAUAUGCUUCAGCAGGUUCGAUGAAAACACAAUUGACUCCCACAACACCCAAUGCAGAUUUUCUUGCGGCCUCUGAAAUUAUGAAAUUGAUUAAUUCUAGAGGAUACUUCAAAGGAUCUUCUAGUUCAUGGUCUUCGGCGUUCGACUAUUCUGUGAACCAUGAUCUCAUUUUGUGUGCUCUUGGGGGACUCAUUGAUCACUUGUCAAGGCUAAUGCUUGAUGAUACUUUACGUAAUGGAGAACUUUUACCUUACCAUGUAUAUAGAAAUUGUCUGAGGAUGGAUGGCCAGACACUGCUUAAUCUUGAGAUUUUCAGCAAUAAUAUUGAUGGUAGCUUGUCAGGCACACUGUACAAGCAUCUUGAUCACUGCAUAACUGCAUCUGGUAAGCGGCUUUUGAGAAGAUGGAUCUGCCAUCCACUCAAAGAUGUUACUGAUGUCAAUCAUAGGCUCAACAUUGUGGACGGAUUUAUAAAGCAUUCAGGGAUUAUUUCCAUCAUAGUUGGGUAUCUACAUAGGCUUCCAGAUCUUGAGCGAUUACUAGGACGAGUUAGAUCCACUGUUGGUUCUUCAUCUACACUUCUUUUGCCAUUUGUUGGAGAAAGAGUACUGAAGCAGCGGGUGAAAGCAUUUGGGUCUCUUGUUAAAGGCCUUCGAAUUGGAAUAGACUUGUUAAAUGCCUUAGAAAAAGAAGAUCAUGGUAUAAUAUCAUUAUUGAAGGUUGUCAAUCUUCCAACACUCAGUGGCCUUGAUGAACUACUUCACCAGUUUGAAGUAGCUUUGGAUGAUGACUUUCCGCGUUACCAGGAUCACAAAGUGAAAGACUCAGAUGCAGAAACAUUGGCUGUUCUAGUUGAGCUUUUCUCUGGGAAAGCUACUGAGUGGUCUCAUAUCAUAAAUGCACUCAACCGUAUCGAUGUGCUACAAGCUUUCGCUACCGUCACAGUUUCAUCAUGUAGGCCCAUGAGCAGGCCUACUUUUUCAGAAGCUAAUUCUUAUUCAACAAAUCUACACCAAGAUGAUGCAGGACCAAUACUUCACAUGAAGGGUUUAUGGCAUCCCUAUGCUGUUGCAGACAAUGGGAAUGGUCUGGUUCCCAAUGACAUAUAUCUUGGUGAAGACUCCAUGGCUUGCCAUCCUCGUGCACUGCUGUUGACUGGACCCAAUAUGGGUGGAAAAUCAACUUUACUGCGAGCUACUUGUCUAGCUGUCAUAUUGGCCCAGCUGGGCUGCUAUGUACCUUGUGAAGUAUGUCUGUUGUCUCCUGUUGAUACUAUUUUUACACGACUCGGUGCAACUGAUAGAAUCAUGUCUGGCGAAAGUACAUUCUUUGUUGAAUGCUCAGAAACUGCAUCAGUUCUUCGCAAUGCCACCAAAGAUUCUCUUGUUUUGCUUGAUGAACUCGGCAGAGGAACAAGCACAUUUGAUGGAUAUGCAAUUGCUUAUUCUGUAUUUCGCCAUCUUGUGGAAAAGAUUUGCUGUCGAUUGCUCUUUGCCACCCAUUACCAUCCACUUACUAAAGAAUUUGCAUCUCAUCCUCAUGUGAGUCUGCAACACAUGGCCUGUGCUUUUAGGCCAAAAGAUGGGAUCUCUUACAACGGGGACCAAGACCUUAUCUUUCUCUACAAACUUGCUGCUGGAGCUUGCCCUGAGAGUUAUGGGCUACAAGUAGCUUUAAUGGCAGGCCUUCCCAGACCAGUUGUGCAAGCUGCUGGCUGUGCCAGUCAAAAAAUGAAGCUGACGAUUAGUCAGAAUUUCAAGUCAAGUGAAGGAAGAUCCCAGUUUUCCACUCUGCAUGAAGAAUGGCUGAAGACACUGCUGGAUAUUUCAAAACUCAGCAUCAGUGGUUGGAAUGAAGAUGCAUCCGAUACAUUGCUUUGUUUGUGGCACGAAGUAAGGAGUUUUUACAAACCAGCAUCUACUGAACAAAGGGGACGUGAUAUUAUACACCGAGAUGCAUGUGUAUAUUCUACAACAUGGUUGAUCCUAACUCGUUCACCAAAAAAGAAGUUUGUUCCACAUUGUCUGGUAUCUCCUCAACGUCUUUUUUUGUCUAUUUUCUCAUCAGCUGGCUAGUUUUUAGCCCAUCAUCUAUGCAUUACGUUAAGUAAAUGCAAUCUCUAGUUGACAAGCAAUUAUUGAGCCUUCAGGCAUAAAUAUGAAGGUAAACAAUGGGUCAGUUGAGGUGUCUACAACUCUCCAUAGUGCUGGCCAACAGCCCUGUCCCACAGAGAGUCAUCGGUAAAGGUUGUCAUUAAA